UAUAAUAUUCAGAAAAUCAUAUGAGUUGCAUCGUAUCAACUCAUCUAAUUAUGUAUAUGUAAAAGUUACAUUAGGUGACAGAUAAUUUAAAGGAAUUAUUCCAGUUGUGGAGGUUGUAUAGUACAUGUAAUUUAGAAGAUGAUUGUGAAUUGUGAGUAGGUAAAAGCAAGAUAGUUGUGGUCUGUUUGAAGGUACUGUUCUAGUGCAUAAGUUAGAAAAAAUGUAGAUUACAGUUUUUUUUCAACUGACACCACAUAGUCUGGUAGAUGUUUACCACUGUUUCAGAGAAUGUACUCAUCCAUCUUCAGAAUGAAAGAGCCAAUCUCCCUCUUCUACUCAACCAAUGGAAACAGUAUAUUCAUCUGAAAUGUUGGUGUAAACAACUAACUGACUCUUUCUAGUUACAUCCCAGAAGACACUAAUCUUCAUAGCCAUUACCAUGAAGACCAAAAAUCUCACAUAGGAAGAUAAUGUUGUUUUUAUUUACAUACUCUUAUAACUUUUUUGAUGUGAAUAGAUGUUCAAUGUCUACAUUGAAACCAGGAACAGGAGCAACACAAAAGCAAACGCCCACACAACAAGAAGUACAUUACACACUCCAAAGAGAAAAAACUCAAUGACAACGUAAUAUUCAAGAAGCUAAGAAGAAACAUAUAUGAAACCUGAAAACCAAUAAUAAUAAUAUGCAUGAAUAGCACUAAAAACAGCAGUGAACCCUGGAUGACAAACACCAUCUGUAAUACACAACAAGUAACACAGAAUUUUGAAUUGUAGGGACAAGCAAAGAACAUUGUGACCUGCAGCAAUCAACAAAGAAAAUUUACUGCAGAAAAUGACAACCACAAUUUUACUCUGCAUUUUGCAAGUAAUAAUUUUGGGCAGUACUUCACCAGUUCCUCGUGAUGUGUACAGAAUAACAUCCACAGAACAGCAUCAGAGAGAAGCACCUCAGUUGGCAGUACCUGUUCCUGGAUUUAUGGGUAUACCACUGGCUGCUUUUCCAGUUUUUUUUUCUGGAAGAUUUCUUCUGCCUUCUCAUUAUGGUAAUCUGAGCAGAAGUUUGCCAUUACGGCAACAUUUGGCACCAGAUACUACAAGCAAGCUCUGGAAGAGACUGCAUGGUCCACGACAAGUUGUUACAUGUCAUGGAGAAGAUGGACAUACAUUUGAUGGCUUUUCUUGUGGUAGUAACAUAUGUAUACCAUAUCAUUGGGUCUGUGAUGGUCAGACUGACUGUGAGGGAGGUGAAGAUGAAGAAGAUUGUGGUAACUGUGAAAAGGAUGAACUGUACUGCACAGUACGAGGUGUCAAUACCUGUCUUUCCCCACAAUUCCUGUGUGAUGGGCACAGAGAUUGUCAUGAUGGGUCAGAUGAAGAACCAGACAAUUGCCACUCUCUAUGUGAAUUCCACUGUAGGGAUGGAAGUGACUGUAUUGCACACAGUUUGGUCUGUGACUGGGAUCGGGAUUGUUUUGAUGGGUCUGACGAGUCUAACUGUGAUUAUCACCCACCGCACAAUGACUGCGACCCUGAGUUUGAAUUCCAGUGCUAUGAUUCCUUGGAUGAAGGAGAUUGGACACAUUGUGUUCCAAGAGCAUGGCUGUGUGAUGACCAUGAUGAUUGCCCUCAUGGAGAAGAUGAAUAUGACAGUACAUGUCACAGGAAGGGCAUAUAUAAUUAUGGGCAGUGACAUGCUUCAAUUGCAUUUAGGAAUUUGAAACAUGACAUUAUAUUACACAUAUUAUUUUAAAAUAAAAACUUUGCUUGAAUUACUACUACCAUAAGCAGUUUCCUUGUUGCAACAUUCACAAACUCCAUAGUAAACUUGUGCGACAUAAAAUUACGUAAUAUGGUGUGAUGUAGAUAAGAGUUACAGCCACUAAUUUCCCUUUAAAACAUAAUUAAAAUUUAAAAGACUAAAAUUUUCGUGAAGUACAUAGUCAUAAGAAACAUAGUAGCUGUACUGAAGUUAAUAAAUUUCAUGUAGUAAAUCAUGUGACAGAUGGAAGUUUAUCAUCAGUUAAUGAUACAUCCUAGCAGAUAGAAGAACUGAAGACAGAAAUCACAGCUACUAUAGAAAGCAUCAUUAAAGAGACACUAGCUGAAAUUAUGGAAAAUGUCAGUUCCUUUUUGCAAAUGAUAUCGGGUGCACAAUAAUCACACAUUUAUUUUCUUCAUGUGAACAAAAUUUUGUGUGCUUUAUUGGUGUUACGGUAUCAGAACAAAUGCUGUAUGUGCAAUAUAUUAAUAAUAAUAAACAUUUAAAAUUACUUAAUUUUUUAUGAUUCUGUGGAGGGUCUUCUCGGGCAAUUGAUAGUUAUUCAAGUAAAGAAGAAAAUCCAUAUUUAUAUGGAACACAAAGGUUCAUCACCAUAUUUCUGAAAGUCAUCACUGUUUAUUUACAUGCAUUUAUACAGACUGAACUCUUUCAAACAUGUAAGAAUGUUGCUCUUUCCCUUCUGUGUUUUUGUAUUCAUACCCUUUGGAUUGCUUUACAUGUGUGCUUGUUUUAUGUAAACUGUCAAAUAAGGCUUGUGUGUAUAAAUUACAAAAUCCUACAGGAAAGAAUGCAAUUAUUUAUAUUCUUAGACAUAAUUUGCAAUGAAGGAUAUCACUUUAUAUAUAGUGCAGAUGUAUGUUUUAUAAUAAACUGCAUUGAACUAAUGAAAUUGAUCAUUUAUUAAAAUAAUGAUAUGAAUAUGGAUGUUAUGAUCAGAAAUAAAAAUUUUUACCAUUCAACUACAAGGGUUAUAGAAAUGGGUUUUUCUGAUCAUUUUGCAUUGGUUAUGAGUAUACUUGUUCAGAGCCCUUCUACCUGUUUAAAAUAUGUGGUAAAAAGGAUUUUUUUCAAGAAGAAAUGUUGCAAAUUCUAAGGAUCAACUAAAAAUUGAAUUAUGGGACGAGGUCUAUCUUCAGUCUGAUGUAAAUAGUGCCUAUUGUGUCUUCCUAAGUAAGUUUCAUAAAUAUUUUUUGCACUUAUUACCUUUCAAAAGUUUUUAACAAGAAAAGGAAAAAAUCAAUUUGGAUCACACAAGGGAUAAAGGUGUCUAGACAGAGGCCGCAACUUUACGUUUGUUAAAACGAAAAAUGUCCCUGUCAGUUCACACUUUGAAGUAUAUAAAGAAAUAUCAGAGAAUUUAUAAGAAAGUAAUUUCUGUUGCCCGUCGAAGAGAAAAUGACCAAAUUAUUAAAAGAUCAGUCAAAAAUUCAAAAACUCUAUGGCAAAUAAUAAAAAAGGAGUCAGGAAAUAAUUUUACAGAAAUAGAAAAUAGUUCUUUAGAAAUAGAGUCUAAGUUAGUUACAAACCCACAGGAUGUAUCCCAAAAAUUUAAUAAAUAUUUGUAAAUAGCAUAGAAAACCUGAUACAUUUAAAUAAAAAUUGUAUAACUGACCAUACCACUACAAAUGAUGCAAUACAAAAUCCAAAUGUAAUAUUUCUUGCCCCUGUUACUGAAGAGAGGUUAUUCAGGUUACUAGUAAAUUAAAAACUAAAA